AUGGGUUUUCAGAACGAUGCUUUGCUUCUGGAAGACGGAUUACGGAACUUGAUGAGGAGGAACGACCUUGACACGCUGUUCGACGACGGCCUCGAUGAUGAAGCUCAAGAUCUAGCCUUCGCGUCCCUAACUUCGAUAUGUCUGGUUCUUGAAAGCAUCGUUGCCACCAAUCUAUGGACCGAACCAUCAUCUAGGAGCGACAGCAAGUACCCCAGGAUCGAUCGACUGUUACAGGAAUUGGGCGGUACUGAAUGGCGGUUCUACAUGGCCUUUGGUUCCCGCGGACGAAAGCUGUUUGUGACCAUGGAUCCCAAGUCCAUAAAGGAACAGAUAGACAGCUUUAACACUUUCUGUAGCCGGCUCACACAACCAGAGACAUGGGAACUCGAGGGUUCCAGUACAGAGGAAGUAGAUGUUGAACAACCUCUUGGAUCGCGUGAUCAGUUGCAAAAGGGUAUCAAAACUUUACAAGCACUAUUGCGUUGGCUUGUCAAGAUUACAAAUACAGAUUGUAGUGGACGUCACGACGUUCUGCUUCAGCUGCCAGAAUGGGACGAGCCUACGUCUUGUGAGCGCUUUCGAGAACCACAUUUGGAUCUUUACCUCACUAGCUGUACAUCGUCAGAAUGGCAAGAAAGCCAAUUGCACGAGUUAGCCAACAGAAACCACGUGGAUUGGUAUCCGGCAGAAAGCCUCUGUGACGAAAUCGAUGGCCUCAGCAAUCGCGAAAGACUGAAACUUGCGACUGCCGAGAGCGACGUCUAUGUCUAUGCUAGCUCAGAUGCAAGCUCGGCUUCCUCAACGCCAACAAAGGGGAAACCGUCGGGAACCUUGAAGCAAUUGCUUCAAAGAGGUGCUUUCCUAGGCCCGGAUGCCUGGUGGUCGCGGUUGCAAAAGUUCGAACAGAAGGAAAAACGCAACUUAGCUUCUACACUCGUCCUAGGCUCUUUAGUUACCCUUGAAGAUGCCCACUUGAUUAAGUUCUGGGACUCGGAGUCCAUCUAUUUCCUCUCGAACUCAGACGGAAAAUACAUACACAACCAACCCUACGCCCUGUGUAUGUCCCUACCAAAUGAGACCACAGAACUUCGGGCUAUUGACCAGAGAGAGUGCGAAGCAAGGUUCGCUUUCCUUGCUAGACUUCUGAUGGAGAUAGAAUGUGGCGUCUCCCUUGAGCACUUGCAGAUGAGCAACACCGGCGUCGACAAUAUCGGGGAUUUUAUCUACGAUCAGCUCUCAAUAGACUUGAGCGAAUCAAAAAGAGCAUAUCUGAAAGCGGUUCAGAUGUGCUUGGGAUUUCAAAUCAGUUGCAAGCGAGAGUAUAAACGUAUGUCUGCCCAAGGGUACCGAGGCGGGCAAGCAGCUGCGACCAAAAACAUCAUACACAGUAUCGUCCGAAAUAUACAGAAAGCUGUCGGCCCGCAAAUCCACGGGAGAAGGGAAUUGAAUCGCGGCCUUGAUCAGAGAGCUGGUGAUUCUUUCCAUUGUCCUUCGGUAUCAUCCCAGUCAGGUCGGCUUGGCCUAUCUGAUAGCUCGCGUGUCCUCUCGCCGACAACUGUCAUACCGCCUGUGGUUGGCGAGGAUAUUAUCGAGAAAAGGCUGUCGAUAAGAACAACAAAGCAAGUGAGAUUUUCUGAGCAAAGCGAUGAUGAGGAAAUUGGAGAAACCACAACCUCAAAGGUUCUAAUGGAUAAUCCGAUUACAACGAAUCAUUGUGAGCUCUUCGGAGAAGCUAACGCCCAGGAAUACCCGAAAGAGCUCUGCGAAUCUGCCAAGAGAUGGAUUGUAGGAUUCAAAGCUCUGCGGAAGAACAAAACAGGCCUACAUUGCGAGCCGCGGAUCAAAGUUGCAGUACUAGAUACUGGAGUUGAUAAUACCCAUCCCGACAUCAGAGGCAAUAUCUGUAACCACAAGUCCUUCAUCGGAUAUGACGCGACAAAAGAUCGUUCUGGUCAUGGCACUCACAUAGCCGGUAUCAUACUUGAUCUUACAACAAAUGUCGACCUCUACGUUGGACAAGUCAUCGAUCCUCUCAAACCUGAAGAUAGAAGUCCCAUAAUCGAGGCGCUUGAACAUGCACGCGAGGAGUGGAAAGUGGAUAUGAUAUCACUUUCCUUCGGAUUCCGCGUCUCUAGUAAUCCAGAUCUAGUGCAGCAAGAGAUUGAUAAAUGUCAUAGGAAAGGAAUCAUAGUUUUUGCAUCGGCCUCAAAUGACGCUGGAAACAAACCACGCACCUAUCCUGGAAACUAUGAUGGCGUUCUCUGCAUACACUCCGCCACUGGUUCAGGCAACUCUUCAUCCUUCAAUCCCUCGCCCAUCUCUUCAAGAAACAACUUCAGCUUCGUUGGGGAUUGCGUUAAGUCCUGUUGGCCAAUGGCCAGAACCGGUUUCGAUAACGGGAAGCCGCGUGAGGAGUACCUUUCUGGCACAUCAAUCGCAACACCAGUCGCUGUAUCCGUUGCUGUAUUCAUGAUCAACUAUAUCAAAAAGCAUUUUCCAGAGUACCGUUGGAACAUCGAACCUUCGUCUCCAGUAGGUAUGCGCAGCAUCUUCGAGAUCAUAGCCCACAAGAGGGAAGGCUAUGACUGGGUGAGCCCAGAAUAUUGCUUUACAGGAGAUCCAAACUGGGAGGAAGAGAUGAAGGCACGACUGAAGCGCGUCCUUAGGGGGUAUAUCUCCAAAGCAGCGAUAGGACACAAAUGA